CACCUCACCUUCCCCCUGCUGUCAGUCACCCUCCUGGUGUCCUUUGGCUCCUCCAUGCUCUAUGGCUACCACCCGGCCGUGGUGAACUCGCCCGCGGAGCACAUAAAGGCUUUCUACAACGCCACAUGGUCCCGGCGGUACGGGCAUGGGCUGGCCCCCGGCCCCCUGACCCUCCUCUACUCCCUGACUGUCUCCAUCUUCGCCCUGGGCGGACUGGUGGGCUCCUUGCUGGUGGGGGUGCUGGUGGAGCGGUACGGCAGGAAUGGCGCGCUGAGCCGCAGCGCUCUCCUCGUCCUCCUGGCCGGUUGCUUCAUGGGUUUCAGCCGGGAGCUGGGGUCCCCUGAGAUGGUGAUUGUCGGCCGCUCCAUCACAGGGCUCCACUCAGGUAUCUGUCUCAGCGUGGUGCCCCUCUACCUGGGAGAAAUCGCCCCCAAGAACCUGCGGGGUUUCCUGGGCCUCAUGCCCAGCAUCUUCAUCUGCCUGGGGGUUUUCUUUGCGCAGGUCCUGGGCCUUCCAGAGCUGCUGGGCGAGGACCGGUUCUGGCCCCUUUUCCUGUCAAUGGUGGUCGUUCCCGCCUCCCUCCAGCUCCUCCUGCUACACUGCUUCCCUGAGAGCCCACGGUACCUGCUGAUAGAAAGGAACGAUGUCUGUGGGGCCACCAAGGCUCUGUGCCAGUUCCUGGGGACACCUGAUGUGCAGGAUGUGAUCGAGGAGAUGAAGGAGGAGCAGCGGUCACUCUCCUCCGUGGAGAUGGUCUCCGUCUGGCAGCUGCUGCAGGACCGCUCCGUCCGCUGGCAAACCCUCUCGGUGGUGGUGGUGAAUGCUGGCAUGCAGCUCUCAGGGAUCGAUGCCAUCUGGUUUUACACCAACACCAUCUUUGAGAACGCCGGGAUACCUGUAUCCCAGAUCCCCUACACCACCGUGGGCACCGGCGCCAUUGAAGUUGUCGCGGGGCUGAUCGGG